CCAAUCCCUCCUCUAAACCAAACCCUAGUAGGCUCACGUUAAUUAAAACAUCCCACUCGCGGGUACAACUUACCGCUCUCCGAUUACCAUCUCGGCAUCGUCAUCAUCAUCAUCAACACCUUCGCCCUCGUUCCUUCUUCGCCAUGCCUUUUCUUAGUCCACACUAUUCAUCUUCCUUUUCCUUUUCGAACUCCUAUUCCAAUCCCUAUUGCUCCUUCCCCACCUGCCCAUCAUCCUUGCUUGCUCCUCUCCGCUCCUCAUCCUUCUUAUUCAUGCCCUUCUCCUUCUCUAGGGUUUCAUCCCGGACUUCCCCUCCUUGAUCCGUCCCUCGCUUUUGCCCCUCAUGGACUCGUCGCGGCGCCAGAGGAACGGGUUUUCCUACUCUAAUCUUUUCAAUCUUGAGUCUUUGGUGAACUUUCAUGUGCCGCAGCCGGAAGUGGAGUUGGAAAACUAUGGCAAUAGUAGCCAGGACGAGAGCAGGAGUAGCCAAGGCCAGGGAGCCAGGGUGGACCAUUGCAAUGGAGACAUGAGAUCACGGAAGAGACUGGCUGUUGAUUCAGAGGUUGGUUUGAACUCAUCCAUGAGGAAAGAUAUUUGUACUGAUGAUGAGGAUGAAGAAAAAUAUGAUGCACAAAUCUCCGAGGAGCAGUACCGAUCCAUGCUUGGUGAACAUGUUCAGAAGUACAGGAGAGUGAGAUUUAGGGAUUCUUCAUCAGGGUCAUUAUCCGCUCGAAUGGCAAAGCCGCAUUUGGAACAUGGGCAUGGUGUGAAAAUGGGGAGGUUUGGCAAUGAUUACUCAGCUCCUUUAAAGGAAGAGACACCUUUGCAUGAAAUGGAAAUUUCUCCUCAAUAUUAUGACACAGAUUAUGACUCGAAAUUUCCUGGGGCCAGUCGGCUUACUCCUGCUCUUGAUUCUGUUUACCUGGAUAUUGGGAAUGGAAUCACAUACAGGAUCCCCCCAACUUAUGACAAGUUGGUUGCUUCCCUAAAGCUGCCUAGUUUAUCAGAAAUACGGAUAGAAGAACAAUUUCUUAGGGGCAACUUGGAUUUGCGUUCUUUAGCUGCUUUGCUGGCUGCUGACAGAAGGUUUGAGGCCCGAAAUAGAGGAGGGUUGGGUGAUCCUGUACCUCAGUAUGAAUCUCUUCAAGCCAGGAUAAAGGCAAUAUCAACUGGUACCUCACCUCAGAAAUUCACUCUUCAAGUAUGUGACAAUGGGUUGGGCCCUUUCUCAAUCCCGGAAGGAGCGGCUGGGAGGAUUCGCAGGUCAAUAAUGUCUGAGUCUGGCACCUUGCAGGUGUACUUUGUGAAAGUCUUGGAAAAGGGUGAUACAUAUGAGAUUAUCGAACGCAGCUUGCCUAAGAAGCAGAUAGUAAAGAAGGACCCUUCUGUCAUUGAGAGAGAAGAGAUGGAAAAGAUUGGGAAGGUUUGGCUGAAUAUUGUCAGACGGGAUAUUCCCAAGCAUCACAGAAUAUUUACUAAUUUUCAUAAGAAGCAACUGACAGAUGCCAAGCGUUUUUCAGAGACUUGCCAAAGAGAGGUAAAAUUGAAGGUGAGCAGAUCACUCAAAUAUAUGAGGGUUUCUUCAAUUCGCACAAGAAAACUAGCAAGAGACAUGCUGAUAUUCUGGAAAAGAGUUGACAAGGAGCAGGCAGAAUUGAGAAAGAAAGAAGAAAAGGAUGCAGCUGAAGCCUUGAGGCGUGAAGAGGAACGUCGUGAGGCAAAGAGACAGCAGCAGAGGCUCAACUUUCUUUUGUCACAAACCGAGCUUUACAGUCAUUUUAUGCAGCAUAAGUCCACUUCGCAGCCUCCGGAUUCAUUGCCUCCAGCAGAUGGUGAAUCUAAGGCUCCAGAUGAGAUCUCAGAGUUAGCAGAUACUAAACAAGGGGAGGAUGAUGAUCCAGAGGAGGCUGAAUUAAGAAAGGAAGCUUUAAAAGCAGCUCAACAUGCUGUUUCUCAACAGAAGAUGAUAACCAAUGCAUUUGACAGCGCAUGUAUGAAGCUGCGGCAAGAUGCUGAACCUGCAAAUGAUUCGUCAAUUGCAGGGUCUACUAACAUAGAUUUACUGAAUCCCUCAACAAUGCCCAUAACAUCAUCCGUACAGACUCCCGAAAUGUUUAAAGGCUCUCUUAAAGAAUAUCAGCUAAAGGGUUUGCAGUGGCUGGUUAAUUGUUAUGAACAGGGAUUGAAUGGCAUACUUGCGGAUGAAAUGGGCCUUGGAAAAACAAUCCAGGCUAUGGCAUUCCUUGCUCAUUUAGCUGAGGAGAAAAACAUAUGGGGUCCUUUUCUUGUGGUUGCUCCCUCUUCAGUUUUGAAUAAUUGGGCCGAUGAAGUUAGUCGAUUCUGUCCUGAUCUGAAAACACUUCCGUAUUGGGGUGGACUUUCAGAAAGGACUGUGUUGAGGAAAAACAUCAACCCUAAGCGUUUAUAUAGGAGGGAGGCUGGAUUCCACAUACUGAUCACUAGCUACCAGCUACUUGUGACUGAUGAGAAAUACUUGCGACGUGUUAAAUGGCAAUAUAUGGUGUUAGAUGAAGCCCAAGCAAUAAAAAGUGCAAGCAGUAUUCGAUGGAAGACACUGCUCAGUUUUAACUGUAGAAACCGUUUACUUCUCACUGGCACACCAAUACAAAAUAACAUGGCAGAAUUGUGGGCUCUACUGCAUUUCAUAAUGCCUACAUUGUUUGACAGUCAUGAGCAGUUCAAUGAAUGGUUUUCAAAAGGAAUCGAGAACCAUGCAGAACAUGGGGGCACACUAAAUGAACAUCAACUUAACAGACUGCAUGCAGUUUUGAAACCUUUCAUGUUGCGACGGGUUAAGAAGGAUGUCAUAACAGAAAUGACCGCAAAGACGGAAGUAACAGUGCAUUGUAAACUUAGUUCACGGCAGCAGGCUUUUUAUCAAGCUAUAAAGAACAAAAUAUCACUUGCUGAACUAUUUGAUGGUAGUCGUGGCCAUCUAAAUGACAAGAAAAUCCUGAAUUUGAUGAAUAUUGUUAUCCAAUUACGCAAGGUUUGCAACCAUCCGGAGUUAUUUGAGCGUAAUGAGGGAAGCACGUAUUUGCACUUUGGGAUGAUCCCAAAUUCUCUUCUUCCUCCUCCUUUUGGAGAGCUUGAAGACGUAUAUUACUCAGGUGGUUGGAAUCCCAUCAUAUACAAGUUACCAAAGCUGGUUUAUCGAGAAAUCAUUCGGACUUCUGAAAUGCCUUGUUCAACAGAUGGACAUGGUAUUCAGUAUGAAUCAUUUGAGAGGUUGUUUAAUAUAUUUUCACCAGAUAACAUCUAUUGUUCGAUGGUACCACAAUAUGGAUGCUUAGAACAGCAUUCUGUGCACAGUGGAACAUUUGGCUUUGGACGCUUGAUUAAUUUAUCUCCUGUUGAGUUGUCCUUCGUGGCUCAGAGUUCUCCCCUGGAAAAAGCAUUGUUUUCUAUAUCGAGGUUGGAUAGGCAGUUUAUAGAUGAAAUAGUGGAUCUAUUCAUGAAUUCAGAGGGUGACGAUCUCCAACAUGACUACAAUUUAGAAAAAGGUACAGUAAGAGCCAUUGCAAGGAUGCUAAUGUUGCCAAUAACAUCUGAAUCUAGCUUAUUCAGAAAAAAGUUUGCAACUGGUCCAGUCGAUGACCCAUAUGAAUCAUUGGUCAUCUCUCAUCAGGAGAGGUUCAUGUCCAAUAUCAAGCUGCUACGUGCAACAUAUGCAUUCAUUCCUCGAGCUAGAGCUCCACCUAUAAAUGCCGAGUGCCCUGAUAGAAGCUUUGCAUAUCAAAUGAUUGACAAUCUUCACCAUCCCUGGGUUAAAAAGAAGUUUGUUGGGUUUGCUCGCACAUCUGAGUUUAAUGGCCCAAGAAGGCCUAAUUAUCCACAUCCUUUGGUACAAGAGGUAGACGAAGAAUCACAUUCCGUCCCACCGAUUCUUGAGCUGACAUACAGGAUUUUUGGCUCUUGUCCACCAAUGCAAAGCUUUGACCCUGCUAAAAUGCUCACGGAUUCUGGAAAACUGCAAACCUUGGACAUACUGCUUAAACGUCUUCGGGCUGAAAAUCACCGUGUACUUUUAUUUGCACAAAUGACAAAAAUGCUGAAUAUCCUCGAGGAUUACAUGAAUUACAGAAAAUACAAAUAUUUCAGACUUGAUGGGUCAUCCACCAUUAUGGAUCGGAGAGACAUGGUCAGAGAAUUCCAACGGCGGAAUGACAUAUUUGUUUUUUUGCUGAGUACUAGAGCUGGAGGACUUGGUAUUAAUCUGACUGCUGCUGACACUGUUAUCUUUUAUGAAAGUGAUUGGAAUCCAACAUUAGAUCUGCAAGCCAUGGAUAGAGCACAUCGCUUGGGUCAAACAAAGGAGGUUACUGUAUACCGAUUAAUUUGCAAGGAGACGGUGGAGGAAAAGAUUUUGCAAAGAGCUAGCCAGAAGAAUACAGUUCAACAGUUGGUCAUGACUGGCGGGCAUGUGCAAGGCGACUUGCUCAAGCCGGAGGAUGUUGUUUCUCUACUUAUUGAUGAUGCCCAGCUGGAACAGAAACUGAGAGAAAUCCCCAUGCAGGCUAAGGAUCGCCAAAAGAAGAAAAAGGUAACCAAAGGCAUCCGUGUUGAUGCUGAUGGGGAUGCAUCUUUGGAAGAUUUUGGAAAUCCAGUAUCACAGGCUGGUGAAAAUGAGCAAGAAAAUGUAAAGUCUACCAGCAAGAAGAGGAAAUCAAGUUCUGACAAACAAAGCCAUCCAAAACCAAAAUCCGUUGCGCAUGAAGAUCAUAUGGACAUGGAUGAACUGCCAUUUGAUGAAGACAAUAACCUCCAACAGAGGCCGAAGAGAGCUAGAGCAAAGAAGAGUUCCAAUGCUGUUACAAUUGAUCCCGCAAUGACCCCAGCAUUCGAAUAUCAACCAACCUAUUAUGAGGAUAACAACAAUUCCGGUGAUUACGGUGCUGAAAUGCCUGAGGGCAUGCCAAAUGCUGAUUCUCCUGCUACUUAAGACUCCAAAAAAAAGGAUGAGGAUCUUCAAGCUAACUCUACAACUCCAUAAUUAGUCCAGAUUGUACUCCGGAGUGAUUUCUGUCUAUAAAAUUUCACACCAAAUUUCAGAUGAUUAACUGUUAGAGAUAUGGUCUUCACUUUCGGCUUAAAAAAAAAUUCCAGCAGUGACAAAGCUAAACCAUAUGUUGGCGAAACUGAUAUUUCAAGCUUCUAGGGGCAACUCGAAGGGCUCUUCCAAGGUAAACUAAAGAUGGUUGGUUUAGUUAGGGGUUCAGUCAGUCAAGGUUUUGAGAUUGAUAUCAAAGAGUGCUCCAUCUGGAAGUUGUUAGCCCUUCUUGAUCUUGUCUAUAGUUUCUUUGAUGAGUGCAAUAACUGCUAGGUUCUCCAUUGAGGGUUUAGGCAUGAUAAUUGAAAUUAGGAGGUAGCAAAUGAGACGGUAAUGGUAGUUACAUUAGGUAUAUACUCUCAAUUGUGGUACUAGUUUGCUAUGUAUAGCUGAAAUUUAAUAUUUUAACAUCCUGCUGACUUGCAUUGAACUAUUGAAUGUCUCUCUUUUUGGCCUUUUUUAUCAGUUAAAGCCACUUUUUUA